AUGUCGAAUGCCGACAAGGAAAAGCUGCGAGCACAGAGUGGUGGUCCCCAGUUCAGCAACAUGACGGCCGAGCAGCUCGAAGGCGACAGCGAGGACGAUGAUGAGGACGAGACGGCAGGAGGCGACAAGCCCAAGAGCAAGAUCGUCAAAAAGAAGACGGGCGGAUCGGGCAGGCGAAGGAUCGACAUCAAAUUCAUCGAGAACAAGAGCAGGCGACAAGUUACAUUCAGCAGGCGCAAGCGCGGACUCAUGAAGAAGGCGUAUGAGUUGACCACGUUGACGGGCACGCAGGCGCUCGUGCUGAUCGCCAGCGAGACGGGCCACGUCUACACUUUCGCCACGCCCAAGCUGCAGCCGGUGGUCACGCUGCGCGAGGGCAAGGAGCUCAUCCAGUCGUGCCUCAACGCGCCCGACAACAACUACCCUCCGUCGGACUUCAUCGCCAACACGUCUGGUUCCUCCUCGGGCGGCGCCCAGGGCGGCGGCGGCGGCGGCAAGGCGGCGGGCGAGUCGCCACCCAGCUCGCCGGUGCAGCAGGCGCAGCCGCCACCACCCUCGAACCACGCGCAAGGGCCGCCGUCCCACCACCCACCGGCCGACUACGCUGCGAUGUAUGGCGCACACCCCGGGAUGCACCCCGGGCACUACGGCAUGCCCUCUCAUUACCCGCCCGCCGGGGCCUACCCGCACGAUCUCUACGCCCAGGGUCUCCCGCCGAUGGGUCUCGGCCACCCGCACAACAUGGGCGGCAAGUAA